AUGGAGCUGACUGAGUUGCUCCUCGUGAUUAUGCUUCUCCUAACUGGAAGACUAACUCUGUCCAGCCCGGCUCCUCCUGCCUGUGACCCCCGACUCCUAAACAAAAUGCUUCGUGACUCCCAUGCUCUUCAUGGCAGACUGAACCAGUGCCCAGAUGUUAACCCCUUGUCUACGCCUGUCCUGCUGCCUGCUGUGGACUUCAGCUUGGGAGAAUGGAAAACCCAGACGGAGCAGACCAAGGCACAGGAUGUCAUAGGAGCAGCAGCCCUUCUGCUGGAGGGCGUGAUGGCAGCACGGGGACAACUGGGGCCCAAUUGCCUCUCAUCUCUCCUGGGACAGCUUUCCGGACAGGUCCGCCUCCUCCUUGGUGCCCUGCAGGGCCUUAUUGGAACCCAGGACCACAGCUCACAAGGAUCCCACUGCCCUCUUCCUGAGCUUCCAACAACUGCUCCGAGGAAAAGUGCGCUUCCUGCUGCUUGUAGUGGGACCCACCCUCUGUGCCAAGCGGACCGUACCCACCGCAGCUGUCCCAAGCGGUGCCUCUCUAUCCCUCUCAUUGAGCAAGUUCCCAAACAGGACUUCUGGACUGCUGGAGACAAACCCCAGUGUCUCAGCCAGAACUACUGGCUCUGGGCUUCUGAAGAGGCUGCCAGGAUUCAGAGCCAGGAUUCCCGGUCUGCUGAACCAAACCUUCAGGUCCCUGGACCGAAUCCCUGGCCACCUGAACAAAACACACAGCCCCUUGAAUGGAACUCAUGGACUCUUUCCUGGACCAUCACCCAGGGCCCUAGGACUCGUGGACAUUCCUCAAGGAACUUUGGACACAGGCUCCCCAGCACCUGA